GCACCUGGAAUCAGGGUGAUUUCUCUACUUUUCUGCUCCUUCCAGGAUCUAAAAGAGAAGAAGGAAGUUGUUGAAGAAACAGAAAAUGGCAGAGAUGCACCGGCCAACGGCAACGCUGAGAACGAGGAAAACGGAGAGCAGGAGGCCGACAACGAAGUAGACGAAGAGGAAGAGGAAGGUGGUGAGGAAGAGGACGAGGAGGAAGAGGGUGAGGAAGAAGAUGGUGAUGAAGACGACGAAGCUGAGGGAGCCACAGGCAAACGGGCAGCUGAGGACGACGAGGACGACGACGUUGAUCCCAAGAAGCAGAAAACCGAUGAAGAUGACUAGGCAGCAAAUUAUUAUUAUUUUUUUUUAAAUAAGGAGGAAAACAAACCAACAAAAAAGGCCAGCGCGUCCUCUUCACCCUUGGGAUCCCCCUUCCCUCCCGUUGCAACGCCCUCCCUACACACACACACACACACGCCCUUCCUCCCCCCUCCGCCGUGGUCAUCCUCACCAAGUAGAGUGAACCCAGUCCCUGGCCCCCCGGCGCGGCGCUGCCACUCAACGAACAUACGAAACGAUUCGCCCGUUAGCGGGGAGAGAAAACCCCCCCUUCCCCCACAGACCCCCUCACCCCAAGCACCAAAACUUCAAGGCCCUGCUUUCUUUCUUAAAAGUACUUUAAAGGAGAAUUUGUUUGUAUUUUUUAUUUACAUUUUAUAUUUUUGUACAUAUUGUUAGGAGGUCCGCCAUUUUUAAGUGAUCUCGGAUUGACCAAAAGGGGGGCUUUGAAGUGUAUAUCUCUUGUUACCUAUCUCUGACUUUACUUGUGGUGUGACCAGGCCCAAACCAUUAUCUCAAAGGAGAAUAAAACAAAACCUUGUAAAAAAAUUUAAAAAAAAAGACAAAAAUGCAAAAAAAAAAAUUUACAAUCUUAUUCUGAGCAUUCCAGUAACUUUUUUUGUGUAUGUACUUUAGCUGUACCAUAGAUCGUGGUUUGUAUGAGGUGGCAAGGCCAAAGAUAAAAAGGUUUUCUUUUUUUUUUUUUCUGUCUAUGAAGUUGCUGUUUAUUUUUAUUUUUUCUUUUUUUUUUGGCCUGUUUGAUGUAUGUGUGAAACAAUGUUGUCCAACAAUAAACCGGAAUUUUAUUUUGCUGAGUUGUCCUAACAA